AUGCUUUCGUGUUUUCUGGUGGAUUCGUUUAAUGAGAGUGAUAGACUCCGCUUACUUUCACUAGUAAAGAUCGAGUACGAUAGGCUGAUGUUUUGGAGAAAAAUCACGGAAGACCCUUGGGAGCCCAUACUCCUCAAUGUUCUAUGGUCGUCGUUUCCUGAACGUAGUCCGUCCAAAUUAAGGGCACAGUGGAAGCGCUUGAUAAGGUUCGAAAGUUCCUAUCUGAACACGCUGCAUACAUUGAAUGGUUAA